AAUCUUUCUUUCGUGUACAAUAAAAUUUAUUAAAUCCGAAGAAAUCUUUUUGAAUUGAAUAUUCUUCCACGAAUUCCUAAGGAAGUGCAAUUCAGGAAAGGAGGAAACUUUAGGAACAUUUAAAGAAUUCAUCGUGCUAUCUAGGCAUGAAUUGCUGUGGAAAAUUACCUGGAAUUUUUCAACAGGAUUUGGUUAAACAGUCAUUGAUUCGACGUCUUUUCAACUGAUAAUUUCUUAUUGGAUAUAAAUGUAAACAUUAUAUGAAGUAAAACCAAUAAAAAUGUAUAGGCUUUAGUGAACAAUUUUUAAAUAUGCAGUAGCGAACGUGUUAAAUAUUUUGUAACUGUUUUAUAGAAGGAAUAUUUUAUUGGCAAGUUUGCCUUGCAACGGCAAAAAGACCAAGGAAUGACAAAGCGAUUAGUUUUAUUAGUGCUUAAUGGAAUAGAUAUAAAUAAAGACGUAUGGGCAUGGGGAGGUGAGCCGUUAUAUCGGAAUGGCCAAUUCGUUGGUACCGUUACUUCGACUGGCUACGAUUUCGUAAUUGAGAAGCUGAUUUGCCUUGGAUUUAUCAGUUUACCUGGAACAAGACACGAGCAAGAAAUAAAACUUGUUACUACGAAUUUUAUAAUGGGUCCAUCGGCACGUUAUGAAGUAGAUAUCGCUGGCACUAGAUUUCCCGCUGAACUACAUGUUUAUCCUUUGCCAAUACCGGCAAUAAAUAGCAAAUUAAAUAAAAAAUACAUAACUACUCCGGUUAUUUCAUAUCAGACCGACGUCUUGUGUUAGAGAGAUAAUACUCUUUCUAGUCAUUUAUUUAUUUAUAGCAAAUGUAUUUAUACAAAGUUCAGGCCAUCUGUAUUUAACAAUUUGAAGAAAAUUUUUUUUCAAAUUAUUAUCUGUGUAACACAAUAAUAAUUCCUUGAAAUAAUAUACUAUAUAACUUAUCGUCUUCUGUUUACGAAUACUUUCCUUGACGGACAUCGGAACGUAGCCGACACUCAUCAUUGAACAAAUAUUUUCUGUUUUAAAAAAUGUUCGAAAAUUUUCUUAAUGGAUAUUGAAUACAAAAAUCAUUCUGCAAACGAAUAGACACAAAAAUGAAAUUUAUUUUUUCUAUUCAAGAUAUAGACUGGUGUAUGUGUGCUUGCGC